AUGAGAGGACCCUUGGGGCCAGUUAUAGGAAGGUACCCAUCAAGUGAUGGAAGUACCCAAAUUGGUGGAAUUAUUCGACACAAUAGGAAAUGCAGAGAUGUUGCUUUUCUUGUGAUUUUUAUAGCAUUUUGGGUUGCUAUGAUUGUUAACUCCAGUUUUGGAUUUAAUAAAGGAAACCCUUUAAGGCUUACUUAUGGGCUGGACUACAAAGGAAAUGUGUGUGGGGAUAGGCAUGCAGGUCUUCGUGAAUUGGAGCUUAUGUAUUGGGUAAAUCCUAACCAGGUCUAUCUUAGUGGUUUAAAAGACAGUCAAUUCAAGUUGGCCAAUGCUCGGAGCAUAUGUCUAUUGGAUUGUCCCAUUCCAUCUGAAGAUGCACUCAAUUGGGUAUGUGAUUAUCCAGAGGGAGAUAUCCGUUUGUCAAUGGAUGAUUGGAUUGAUAGGAACUAUGAUUAUUUUGAGUUCCUUACUCCCGAAAUGAGAAACACUUCCCUUCAACUCCAGGGUCCUUGUUACCCUGUUAUAUUUCCUAGUGUGAAUGUUUUCUGGAGGUGUCAAUUUAUUGCUCACGCAUCAAAUGUCUCGAUGCGGCAUUGGCAGCAAAUGAAUGGAGUGAACAUCAACGAGGACAUUAUCAUAGACAAAUCCAUCCAUAAGUCCAUUAAUUCUCGGUCAUCGGUGUUGAAGAGAUACAUGGCUGAUAUUGGGAAGUCAUGGCCUGUUUUGAUUGUUUGUGGGGGGCUCUUGCCACUUUUUUUAUCAGUGAUUUGGCUGCUAAUGAUUCGGCACUUUGUUGCUGCAAUGCCUUGGAUAACAGUUGUUCUCUUUGAUCUUCUCAUAGUAUCAGUAACAAUGUUUUACUACUUGAAAGCUGGAUGGAUUGGGAAUGAUGCCAUCUCUCCCAUCAUUGGUGAGCAUGAUCCAUACUAUCAUGUAUCUGGACGGGAGCUAAAUCAUCUCCGUGGUGUUACUGUUCUAAUGACUUUUAUAAUGGUUGUUGCUAUCCUUACAUCAAUUGCCAUCGUGCGCCGCAUUCUUAUGGCAACAUCUGUUCUCAAGGUUGCUGCAAAGGUUAUAGGAGAAGUUCAAGCACUCAUAAUUUUCCCAGUUAUACCAUAUGCUGUGCUUGCAAUCUUUUAUAUGUUCUGGUUUUCAGCUGCUUUUCAUCUCUUUAGUUCGGGUGAGAUUGUCCAAAACAACUGCAACUCCAACUGUUGUGCCUAUGACCUUGGGUCAAAACGUGUUAAUUGUGAUCGUUGCUGUGGCUAUAGCAUCCAUUAUACUCCUCAUAUAGCAGUUGCCAUCUUUUUCCACUUGUUUGGGUGUUAUUGGGCUACACAAUUUUUUAUAGCAAGCUCUGCAACUGUGAUUGCUGGUUCUAUUGCCUCCUACUACUGGGCUCGUGGUGAGACAUCGGCAGAGAUCCCUUUUCUUCCAGUUUUUUCCUCUAUGAAGCGGCUUAUGCGUUACAGCCUUGGAUCUGUUGCCCUUGGCUCCCUGAUAGUGUCAUUUGUGGAAUCAAUUCGCUUUAUUCUUGAGUCUAUCCGUCGCAAACUGAAAGUUGCCAAUGCUACACCUGACAGCUGGAUAGGAAAGAUGGUGCACCACACUUCCCAGUUCUGUCUGAGAUGUGUUGAGUUGACUAUAAAAUCUGUCAACCGCAAUGCUUACAUAAUGAUAGCAAUAACAGGCAAAAGCUUCUGUAGGGCAUCUGCAAUUGCAACUGAAUUGAUCAUGAACAACAUUCUUAGGAUUGGGAAGGUGAAUGUGAUUGGAGAUGUUAUCCUAUUUCUUGGAAAGUUAUGUGUCAGCCUUUCAAGUGCGGUUUUCGCUUUCCUCAUGUUGGAUACCCACAAAUAUAGAUCUUCUCAUAACAAGAUAUCCUCCCCAUUGUUUCCUGUAAUGGUAUGCUGGGCUCUAGGUUAUGUAGUUGCAACCCUAUUCUUUGCAGUGGUGGAGAUGUCAAUUGAUACUAUCAUUCUUUCAUUCUGUCAGGAUUCUGAGGAGCACCAAGGGACAGCCCAGUAUGCUCCUCCACUUCUCAUUGAGACCCUCAAUGAUCAAAAUGAGACGCAGAGACUUACUCAAUGAUCGUGUGAAUGUAUAAGUUGCCUGUUUCACAUUUUCCUACUGAAAAUUUAUAAUCUUAUCAUAUUUCUUAGAGCAUUUAGUUAUAAAGAAAAGAAAAAUGAAAAGUCUGAUGCCUGUCCUACUUCCUUCCUCUGUUCCUUAUUA